GUUUUUCAGUCAGCUGUCAAUUUUGACAGUUCAGUAAUCAACACUUGUCAAAGUCAAAUAACAAACGGUGAUUUGCAAAUUUAACACACUCCUUGUUUUUCAAUUCAUUACUGAGAGACCGAAUAAGUUCACAAUUACAAAUGGAUAGACUUCUCAGACUUGGUGGUGGCAUGCCAGGAUUGUCUCAAGCAGCUCCUCCGUCAGAUGCCCCAGUAGUAGAUACUGCAGAACAAGUCUAUAUUUCAUCAUUGGCCCUUCUUAAGAUGUUGAAGCAUGGAAGGGCUGGAGUACCAAUGGAAGUUAUGGGGUUAAUGUUGGGUGAAUUUGUUGAUGAUUACACUGUGAGAGUAAUUGAUGUAUUCGCCAUGCCUCAAACUGGUACCGGUGUCAGUGUUGAAGCAGUAGAUCCUGUUUUCCAAGCCAAAAUGUUGGAUAUGCUUCGACAAACAGGCAGACCUGAAAUGGUAGUUGGAUGGUAUCAUUCUCACCCUGGUUUUGGUUGUUGGCUCUCUGGUGUAGAUAUUAACACUCAACAAUCAUUUGAAGCUUUGUCUGAACGUGCUGUUGCAGUUGUUGUUGACCCUAUCCAAUCCGUCAAAGGCAAGGUUGUCAUUGAUGCGUUCAGGUUAAUCAAUCCAAAUAUGAUGGUAUUAGGGCAAGAACCACGACAGACAACUUCUAACUUAGGGCAUCUACAAAAACCUUCAGUUCAAGCCCUCAUUCAUGGUUUGAACCGCCAUUAUUACUCAAUCAGUAUAAACUAUAGGAAAAAUGAGUUAGAACAGAAAAUGCUGCUCAAUUUACACAAAAAAUCGUGGAUGGAUGGGCUCACGCUUGCAGAUUAUUCUGAAAAUUGUAGUGUAAACGAGAAAACCGUAUCGGAAAUGUUGGAACUGGCCAAAAAUUACAAUAGAGCUCUUGAAGACGAAGAAAAAAUGACACCGGAGCAGUUAGCCAUCAAAAAUGUGGGAAAACAAGAUCCUAAGAGACAUUUAGAAGAAAAAGUUGAUGUUCUCAUGACAAAUAAUAUUGUGCAGUGCUUAGGUUCUAUGUUGGAUACUGUGGUAUUCAACUGAUGCAUUCUGAUUUCAAUAAACUAUCGAAAUAUUUAAAUUUCAUCAGUAUAAUUUAAUAAGUUCACUAUUAAAAAUAAUUUCAUAUUUGUUUUUUAUAUUGGAGUUGAAUUAAAUUUAUUGCCUUAAGCAGUUUAUUUUUGAUCAAGUCUGUUUUACGUUCAUUUUUUAAUUCAUCAUGGAAAUGAAUUGAGAAACAGUUUUAAUAAUUCUCAUACAUGAAAAAAUCGAAAUAUUGUAAGGAAAGUUUUGACACUGAAGAUACUUAAUAAAAAUAUUAAACCAA